AAAGGUGGCACUUGCAAUGUUUUGUCAUCUCAUUUGUUUGAAGAAAGCUCUCAACUCGACUCAAAGCACAACGAUAACUCAUCAUGUCUGGACGUGGCAAAGGAGGAAAAGGACUUGGAAAGGGAGGCGCCAAGCGCCAUAGGAAGAUUCUUCGUGACAACAUCCAGGGAAUCACUAAGCCUGCUAUCAGACGUCUGGCUCGUCGUGGUGGUGUCAAGCGUAUCUCUGGACUGAUCUAUGAAGAGACCCGCGGUGUCCUGAAGGUAUUCCUUGAGAAUGUCAUCCGUGAUGCUGUCACCUACACUGAACAUGCCAAGAGAAAGACUGUGACUGCCAUGGAUGUUGUGUAUGCACUGAAGAGGCAAGGACGUACUCUCUAUGGAUUCGGUGGUUAAAUCUCAUCUCCCAUCUUCCAUCAAACUGGCUCUUCUAAGAGCCACCACUUCCCUCAAAAGAAACAUUUUUAUCUCCAUGGUGUUGUACAUAAGUAUAAAUGUUAUUAUGGUGUUAAAUUCAGUAUCCUGAUCAAUUAAUUGCCUUGUAAUACAUGAUCUAGAUCCAGCUGUAAAAUGUUAUGGGAAA